AGCACAUAUGGAUCUAAUGUUCAGGUGUCCAUAUACUUCUGGCCAUGAGGUGUAUAUUCUUAAUAAAGUUUUUUUCUCCGAUCCAGAGGGUGUGAAGCUGGUGGAUGGUGGAAGUCAGUGUGCUGGUAGAGUAGAGGUUUUCUAUAAAGUACAGUGGGGAACAGUGUGUGAUGAUAGCUGGAAUAUGAAAGCUGCUACAGUGGUGUGUGAAGAGCUGGGCUGUAGCGAGGCCAUACAUGCACCGGGUAAUGCACACUUUGGAGAGGGAACCGGACCAGUCUGGAUGGUUGUUGGAGACUGUAGUGGGUCAGAGUCUUCACUAAAGAAUUGUUUAUCAGGAGAAUGGGGUGAAGAUUACUGUAGCCAUGACCACGAUGCUGGGGUUAUCUGCUCAGGUAAACUAUACUCUACUUUAUUGUAACAGUUAACUAUUUGAUGCCUGUAGUUCACAACUACUAAUUCCAUCACUGUUCAUUUUUAGUAUGUGCUGACAUUUUUUUUUUUUUUUUUUUGGAAUUCAAGUAUUCCUUAGGGGUGUACAUCUAUUCAUACAUUGUCUAAUUUCUCCCAUGGUAUCAUUUUAGGAGUCAGGCUUAUUGGUGGUUCUCAUUGCUCUGGGAGAGUAGAGGUGCUUCAUGGGAUGAACUGGGCCACAGUGUGUGGUGCUGACUUUGGCCAGCAAGAUGCAGAGGUUGUGUGUCGGGAGCUGGGCUGUGGGUCUCCUGUAGAGGUGCUGGGGUCAGAUGCUUUUGGAAGAGGUGAUGGCCAGGUGUGGCAAAAGAAGCUUCAGUGCGGAGGCACAGAGUCUCAGAUUCGUUUUUGUCCAACAUCUUCGCUCGAACUCAACUGCUCCCAUUCCAAUGAUGUUGGACUGGUGUGUGCUGCUGGUGUGAGGCUGGUGGAUGGUGGCAGCCGGUGUGCAGGAAGAGUGGAGGUCUUGCAUAGAGGACUCUGGGGAACAGUGUGUGAUGAUAACUGGAAUAUGAGAGCUGCUGCAGUGGUUUGUAGAGAAUUAGGCUGUGGGGAAGCUGAGGACACACUUGUUAAUGCUCACUUUGGCCCAGGAUCAGGGCCAAUCUGGAUGGAUGUGUACUGUACAGGAUCAGAGUCUACCCUGAAGAAUUGUGGGUCAAGUAGGUGGGGUGGACAUAACUGUCAUCAUGAUCGAGAUCCUGCAGUCAUUUGUUCAAGUCACAAAAAACCCAGACUUACAGAUGGCCCUCAUGAGUGUUCUGGGAGAGUAGAGGUGCUUCAUGGAAAGACGUGGGCAACAGUGUGUGACGCUGAAUUUGACCAGCAGGAUGCAGAGGUUGUGUGUCGGGAGUUGGGCUGUGGACUUCCUGUGGAGGUGUUGAGGGCAUCUGCUUUUGGCAAAGGGAAGAGCCAGGUGUGGAUAAAGGAGCUUCAAUGCAGAGGCAACGAAUCACAGAUUUAUUUCUGUCAAGGAUCAUUUACACUCGAACACAACUGCUCCCAUGAAAAUGAUGUGGGAUUAAUAUGUUCUGGUUAAGUAUCAAGUUGUAACAUCUAUUCAGAUAAAGGCUGCAUACAUGUCAGUGCCUAAUGAAUGAUUGAUUUGUAAAUUUAAGUGACUCUACUACAUUUUCUCCUUCAAUAAUCUCUAAGGUGUUUGUCCAGGUCAUACAGAUGCACGGCUGGUGAACAGCUUAGACUCCUGUUCUGGUCGAGUUGAGCUCAAAUACCUCAGCGACUGGGGGACCGUUUGUGCUGUAAACUGGAAUAUGAGAGCUGCCAAUGUCCUCUGUGGACAGCUGAACUGUGGAAGUGCUGUGGCUGUGUUGGAAUCUGACUGGUUUGGGGCAGGAAAUGGCCAGAUCUGGGCUGACAUGUUUAAUUGUCAGGGGAAUGAGACACACCUGUCACAGUGUCCAAUUUCAUCAUGGAAUCGAGUUGCUUGCUCUCAUAAACAAGAUGCUGGAGUCAUUUGUAAUGGUGAGCUAAUGUUAAGUUAAUUUUUUUUUUUUUAUUAUCUUUGCAUAUUAUACACUUUAGGAACACCAUGCAAUUAUCCAGCCGAUCAUGUGUCAGCAGCUCAAUUCAUAAAAUCAUGCAAAUACAAGUCAAGAGCUUCAGUUAAUGUUCACAUCAACAUCACAGUGGAGGGAAAUGUGAUCUCAGUGACUUUGAUCAUAACAUGGUUGCUGGUGCCAGAUCUGGUUUGAAUAUUUCAGGAACUGCAGACCCACUGGGAUUUUCAUGCACGGUUAAAGAUUGGAAAAAACUGUCCCCCCCCCAACAGUUUUGGUGAGCCCACUCUAGCCUCAGAUUCCUGUGAUUAGCUGACACAGGUGAAACCUGAUGUGGUCUUCUGCUGUUGUAGCCCAUCUGCCAUUAGGUUUGACAUUUUACAUCCUGAGAUGCUUUUCUGCUCACCACAGCUGUAAAGAGUUGUUAUUGGAAUUACUGUAGACU